CACUAACUGUGUAGACAAUAUGGUUCCACAUCAACAUGACGACUUUUUAAUUAAUGAGCAUGAUAUGCCUUAUGAAGAAGAACUUCUUCGAAGUCCUUUUUCAAUCCGUACUUGGAUUCACUACCUUGAUCAUAAACGAAACAGCUCUUAUUCAGAAUUAUGCUUUGUGUUUGAACGUGCUCUUAAAGAACUUCCUGGAUCAUAUAAAAUCUGGAAACAAUACUUGGAUGUACGCCGUGAAAAGCUUAGAGGACUUAAUGCUGUUCGACACCAACAACAAUACCAAGCCGUGGUUGCUCUUUAUGAACGCGCCCUUGUCUUAUUGAACAAGAUGCCACGCAUUUGGCUUGAUUACCUCUCUUUACUGACAACGAUGCCCGUGAUCACCAAAACUCGACAUGCAUUUGAUGAUGCUCUACGCGCCCUUCCAGUCACACAACACGCUCGUAUUUGGGAGAUUUAUUUACAGUUCGCCAAAGCUGCAGGUGGGGAAACAGCCCUUCGUCUCUACCGUCGAUACCUCAAGUUUGAGCCUUCUUUUGUAGAAACCUUUGUUGAAAACCUGAUUUCACUUGAACAUUACGAUGAAGCAGCUCUCAAGCUUGUUGCCAUUGUCAAUGAUACCAGUUUCCAAUCAUCUAAAGGCAAAUCACAUUAUCAGUUAUGGCAGCAAUUAUGUGAUCUUGUAGUCGAACACUGUGAAGAUAUUCAUAGUCUUAAAGUAGAGCCUAUUAUUCGCAGUGGUAUCAAGCGAUUUACAGAUCAAGUGGGUUUAUUGUAUUCUCGUCUAGCCAUGUAUUGGAUCAAAAUGGGUCAAUUAGAAAAAGCACGUGAUAUAUUUGAAGAAGGCAUCACGACUGUCAUGACAGUAAGAGACUUUACCGUCAUUUUUGAUGCCUAUGCAGAGUUUGAAGAAGAAAUGAUUACAACCAAGAUGGAAAUGGCUGCAGAGCGUGAAGCUGCUCAAGAAAAAGACGAGGAAGAAGACCUUGAUGUUGAUUUAAGACUGUUACGAUUCGAACGUCUAAUGGAUCGUCGUCCUUUCUUAGUCAACGAUGUCUUGUUGAGACAAAAUCCUAAUAAUGUAUUGGAAUGGCAGCAACGUGUGCUUCUUUGGGGUGAUAAUAAAGAGAAAGUGGUGGCUACUUAUACACAAGCAGUUCAGACCAUCAAUCCCAAAAAGGCGCACGGUAAACUGCAAGAACUCUGGAGUAAAUUUGCUCGAUUUUAUGAAGAUGGAGGUGAUUUAGUAUCUGCUCGCGCGAUAUUUGAAAAGGCGAUCAAGGUCAAUUAUAAGUCUGUAAAUGAUUUGGCAGAUAUUUGGUGCGAAUAUGCUGAAAUGGAGACACGACAUGAUGCCUUUGAUACAGCUAUUCAAAUUAUGGCAAGAGCAACACAGAUUCCCAAGAGUUUGGAUGUGAAUCCCAAGCAAGUUAACUUUCAUGAUGAAUCUAUUCCUGUUCAACAACGGUUAUUCAAGAGCUUGCGUUUAUGGAGUUUCUAUAUUGAUCUUGAAGAAAGUGUGGGCACUAUGGAAAGUACAAAGGCAAUAUAUGAUAAAGUGAUGGAUUUGCGUAUUGCCAAUCCUCAAAUCAUUGUCAACUAUGGUACCUUUUUAGAAGAAAACCAAUACUUUGAAGAAUCAUUCAAGGUCUAUGAAAGAGGCAUUGAAUUAUUUGGCUGGCCUAUUGCUUUUGAAUUAUGGAAUAUUUACCUUGAACGAUUCUUGAAGCGUUAUGGUGGUGCUAAACUAGAGCGUGCAAGAGACCUGUUUGAACAAGCACUUGAAGGAUGUCCUCCUAAAUAUGCUAAACCCAUCUAUUUAAUGUACGGUAAGCUAGAAGAAGAAUAUGGUUUAGCACGUCAUGCUAUGCGUAUCUAUGACCGAGCCACAAGAGCAGUGGCUGAUGAUGACCGUAUGGAGAUGUAUGAAUACUACAUUGCCAAGGCUACUGAAUCCUUUGGUAUUAUGGCAUCUCGCGAAAUCUACGAGCGCGCUAUUGAAGCACUUCCUGAUAAGCAUGUCCGUAUUAUGAGUCUUCGGUAUGCUGAAUUAGAACGCAAAUUGGGUGAAAUUGAUCGUGCCCGUGCUAUUUAUGGCUUUGCCUCGCAAUUAUUUGAUCCUAGAACACAAACUGGAUUCUGGAAGACAUGGCAUGACUUUGAAGUACAGCAUGGUAAUGAAGACACAUUUAAGGAAAUGCUGCGUAUUAAGCGUAGUGUACAAGCAACUUAUCCCAGUGUAUAAACAAAGAUGAUCAUUUGUCAGAAAAUCAAUUCUUUUUUUUUUUAUUUUUACAAAUAAGGAAAAAAGCCGGGAUCCUUAUGUCAAUAAAAAUGAA